GAAUUCGAAAACGGGAUUCACUAUUUGGUGGAUAAAGGUGACAUUUCACAUUUGGAAGGAUGCAUGGUUAGAUCAUGAACCUUGAGAAUGGUACUAUUAGGAGCUCUUUGAGCAAGCUAAGGAAAAGAUCCAGGAUUGCUUUGAGUCAAUGGGGGGAGCUGUGUUUUGGAAUACUAGUUUGAGGAGGAAUUUAUCAGAUUCCAAAGCAAGCCUGUAUGCCAAUCUUCUUAGUGAAUUGAAUUGAGGGUGGAUACUUCAACAGAGGAUAGAAAGGUUUUGAAAUGGUUGACCAAUUGUGAAUUAAAUUGUUUUUCUCGGUGUUGAUGGCUCGGGAGGCUGUAUCUCCUUCGUGCUUAAUGGUUUCAAAGGCCCUUGUUCCCACUAGAGUUAAAGCUUUUGCUUGGGUAGGAACGGCCAACAAGAUACUCAAACUAGAUAAAGAAGCAAAACAUGGCUUUCCUCAACGUGUGCAUCAUGUGUAGGAAUGACAAGGAACUGGUGAACCAUUUCUUCCUUUAUUGCAUAUUGGCCAGGGAGGUAUGGUCUUUCUUCUUAUCUCUUUUUGGGUUUCUUGGUACUUCAACAACUCAGUUGGGAAUGCAGUGGUGGAGUGGGUAGGUAACUGUUCAAGACCGAAAGGAGACUCUAUGGAAGACGUGCUUUUUUGGAUCUUAUGGGGUUUGUGAACGGAAAGGAAUGCCUAAUUUUUUUAGAAUAGCUCCUCAUCAAUUGUGAGUUUAAAAGGGAGGAUCCUUCGUAUGGUCAUUAAUUGGGCCCUUGCAAGACAAGAAUUCAAAGGAUGCAUCAAGUUCCAGUCCAAGCGACCUUCAGGCUGCAAAAGCCAGUUUCACUGCUUGUUGAACAUACCAGUUGGCUAGAGCAUGACAUAUAUGAGGAAAUAGGCGUCCCUAAUACAAAUGUUUCCAUAAUUUCCAUGCACCCUUUAGCUGCAAACUUGACCAAGGUGGUGUUUGGUGUUGUCCCCUAUCCAUCAAAUGUUGCUAUACCUUCAGUGACCCUAAGCGUACUGAGAUCAUCUCUGAUAGAGCUGGUCCUUCAGCAGUUGAAUCUGUCUUUGACACCAUCAGUAUUUGGGCAGUCAUCUUCCUUUGAGGUUUUGAAGUUCCCAGGAGGGAUCACAGUGAUCCCUAAUAUGCAGUAUGCUUCUAUUUGGCAGACACCUCAAAUCCUCUUCAACUUCACAUUACACAAUUCUGUUUCCCAGAUACAGGAAAAUCUUGAAGUCUUGAAGGGCCAGUUAAAGUAUGGCUUGCAGCUCAGGUCUUAUGAGACCAUAUUUGUGAAGGUGACAAAUAUGGAUGGUUCCACAGUUGCUCCCCCAGUUAUAGUCCAGGCUUCAGUUUUGUCUGAUGUAGCAGGCCAUGUUCUUUUACCCCAGAGAUUAAAGCAGCUGGCUGAGGCACUCACCGGUCAUCCUGUGAAGAACCUUGGCCUAGAUCACUCAGUUUUCGGUAAAGUAAAACAAAUUCGAUUGUCAACGUUUCUACAAGCCUCACUGGGUUCACCCCAAGGGUCCCCAAGUCCAUCUCCAUCUCCAUCAGAGGAAAAUCAUUACUCAGCACCUCCGCAGUCACAUUAUCCUACUGUCUCACCUUCUCAUGCUCCUGCUCCUUCAGCUGACCGCCAUAGCCCCUCUCCCUGUGACCUCUGUGAUUCCUCUUCCCCAUCCGAGAGUGUAUCUCCACCUAUCCCAACACCCAAAAAUUGGCCUGAGCCCCCAACAAGUCCAGAUUCGGAAUCUCCCACGCCUUCUGUGAUAGAUGGUCAUUCCCCUAGUAGUAGCCCAUGCCGUGGUCCCACACUUUCGCCGAACCCCUCUCCAGCAGCUCAUUCUGACCCACCUGCUCCUUCAGGCUUUUCACCGCACUCUGCCAUUAGUCCACGAGGCCAACCCCCAAGUCCCACUCCGAAGUUGGACCCACACAUUUCACCUUCACCUGCAGUGCGAUAUGGCCCAAGUCCUCAAGAACAGGGAAGUGGUGAAGCUUCAGUGUAUUCAAUGCCAGCCUCAUCUCCGAUUGCGCCUUUCCCUGCCUCCUAUGUUGCAGGUCCUUCCUACAAUGAGAUGCGGUUAAUUGGGUUGCUAGGUUUCAUGGUGUUUCUCCUAUGUGUAGCAUACUGAUUGGUCCCUCAGCCUUAUAGCACCAUGCACAUCCUCAUCAAGCUUGAGGUUUUGGCAGCAACCCAUUAUUUGACAGGCAAAUGGUAGAGCGGCCAAAGGCCGAAAAACAGUUUUGCUCUCUCCUCCCCUACACAAUCUUAAAUGCUGGAGUCUUAUGGUGUGAAUGGUAAAAGGUCCCCUUGAAAAGGAAGAGGGGUUCCACAGGCAGCCAGGUAAUAUGUACAUAGGAGUAUUUGCAGGUCAAAGCCACAAAGGUGGCGGGCCGCUGUUAGCUCGCAGGAAUAUGGAUGAAGAAAAAAAGAAUCUUUUCUAUUCUCCAAGGGAAGGCAUUGAGAAUCGCUUGUAUUUUUUUUUCCUUAAUUUCUUUUUUGCAGCUGUAAAAACACGCCCACAUCUAAUUUAUAAGCGAAAAAAAUGAAUGUUUUCAUGGUUGCAAGCAGCAA